UCUGUUGAUUAUAUUAGGGCGAUGACCAGCGCUCUCGAAAUACUUAGUGAAUUUGAUCAUCAGGCUUCAGAAGAUAUGCUUCUAAAUAUCCUCAAAAAAUGGUGGCCGCAGGUACACGAGGGCGUGAUAAACUGUUGUGUUGAAACUUCCGCAUUCGAAGAUGAAGGUGAUGCUGAUUACUUGGCCGGAAUUCUGGAGGCUUUGCAAAUUUGUUGGAUGAAAGGAACGAAGGUAUCUAAACCAUUAUUUGUUACUGGUACAGAGCAGAGAAAGAUAAAGGAAUACUUGACAAUUGGACAAAUUUUAUUGGAGAUUCGGAAAAGAUUCUAUGGUAAGAUUCAUCCAAUGCUGACCAAACUUUAUCUGCGAUUAGCUGAAGCGCACAAUUUGUUGGGGAAUGUGGCAUGGAAAGAAGAAUGCUUUGAGCUGUGCGAGCAAUGCAAAAAUGGAGAAGGGACAGAGCAAACUCAAUGCUCUCAGGGCUUACCACCUUAUAAGUUUGGUAUGUAUCGUGCCCGUGAGCUCAACGACCGUGGUGGUAGUUUGUUCAAGGAGCAGAAUUAUUACGGCGCAAUGAAGGCAUACACUGAAGCAUUACGUGUGUCGCCAAACGAUGCCAAGGUGUUGACCAACAGAGCUGCCAGUUAUCAUAAGUUAUCGCAGCAAAAAUGCUCAUCACCGGAAGACAAGCAGAAGAUGCUCGAACAAGCCCUGGUAGACUCACAGAGGGCAAUCACUGUUGAUCCCUCUUGGGCAAAAGGUUAUUACCGGAAAGCUGUCUCCCUUGCCCUUCUUGGUAGACGAGGACCCUCACUUGCCACAGCUGCGAUUGCUCGGUAUCUGUUUCCGUCGAGAUGCGCAAACAUUCCAGCAGUCGUGGAUUACUUUGGAAACUUUGAGGUACAUGUAGUCAAGACAGUACAGGACCUUCAAACUGCAACUGAGAAAACAGACACUAAAGCAAAGAAGCUUGAGAGCAAGAACAAAGUCGUUUUGUUAAAAGAAGGCGAGUAUCUGUUGGAGAGAAGUGUUGGCAUUUCAGAAGACAUUGUGAUCGUUAGUCACGGGAAAGUAUCAAUUGCGUGCAAGACUGGAGCACCUUUUCUUUUUAAAGCAGCGUAUCAUGUUGAGAAUGUAGAAAUGGCUACGGACUGUGACACCCAGGAAGAAUCACAAGAUUGCAGCUCAAAUGACAAUGAACCAGAAGUGAUACAAUUCUACCAAGGCUUACCAACUGUUGAUUCAACCAUUUACAGUGAUCGAGAAAUAAGCGACCGUGCUAAGAGUCUGUUCGAGGCGCAAGAGUAUUACGCAGCAGCAGAAGCAUACUCUGAAGCUUUACGUCUUUCUCCAAACAAUGCCAAGUUGUUGACCAACAGAGCUGCCAGUUAUCAUAAGUUAUCAGAGCAAAAAUGUUCAUCACCGGAAGACAAGCAGAAGAUGCUCGUACAGGCCCUGGCAGAUUCACAGAAAGCAAUAACUGUGGAUCCCUCUUGGUCAAAAGGUUAUUACCGGAAAGCCGUCUCCCUUGCCCUUCUUGGUAGACGAGGACCCUCACUUGCUACAGCUGUGAUUGCUAGGCAUCUGUUUCCGUCGAGAUGUGCAAAUAUAUCAAUAGUUGUGGAUCAUUUUGGAGACUAUGAUUCUCACGUCGUUAAAACAGUACAGGACCUUCAAACUGCAAUUGAGAAAAUAGACAUUAAGUCAAAGAUGCCUGCGAGGAAGAACAAAGUCGUUUUGAUAAAAGAAGGCGAGUAUCUGUUGGAGAGAAGUGUUGACAUUUCAGGAGACAUUGUGAUUGUUGGUCACGGGAAAGUAUCAGUUGCGUGCAAGACUGGAGAACCUUUUCACUUUAAAGCAGCAUACCAUGUUGAGAAUGUUAAAAUGGCUACAGACUGUGACAGACAUGAGGAAUCACAAGAAUGCAGUCCAAAUCAUUGUGAGCCAGAAGUGAUACGUCUUGCCACGCCUUCCGGAUAUGACAACAAUAGUUAUGAAUGUAAGGUAAACUAAUGGACGAUGAAUAUUUGCCACUUGGACUGAAAUCCUUUUUAAUGACUGAGGUUUCCUAAGAAAUGAUCCUAUAAAUGAAACUCAGAGCAUGCUGAAUUAUCGUUUCUUUAGACGACAAAAAAGAACAAUGAACAUGCAUUAUUGAGUUGCAACAUUUAAACGCCUUACCAUAAAGAUGAGGACCUGGGCGUAGGGAAGUGAAUAAUCAAGCUUUUAGAUAAAAAGCGAGCGCUAAAAUUUCCGUGGCAUUGAUGUAGCAAAAAACACAGUUCUAAGAAACUGUAUUCUGCUGGUGUUUAACAAACCUCGUAUCGCGGUACUCGUGUUCUGUUAAAGUAUCCUGAUACGCACCGCAUUUCCAGAAACAGCAUUUGUCACCAAGCGCCCUUAACUUCACAAAUCCUACGAGUGAUUGGCAGAAAAUGUGUCUCCACAGUUUUAGCAUAAUUUUACGAGUAAUGAAGGGUCCUGAGAACCAAGGAACUAUUCCCCAAAUAUUAGCCUGACCUUUCCACAAAUUUUCAUAGUUGCAGUUAUAAGAAAAUGUAAGGAGACUGAUGAGGAGAAUUUUUUAACUUCUCACAAGAAGUUAACCGAACAAAAAGUCAUUAUUUUACUGGAGGCGUUUGCUUCAGUUUUUGUAUUUGUACAUUAGUUUUGUUUUAUUUUGCACUUACUAAAUUAGACCGGAUUGAAGGUCAAGUUGCAAAGCUUAAUGAAAAAAAUUAAGUAGCAAUGUGGUGCCUUUGAUUAUUUUCCUCUAACAUUUGGGACAUCUAUGCCCUCUGAAAGGUAUACGCAGAUCUUCUUAUUCCCCCGUCUUACAGUAUAAUUUUGAUUACUGAUUGUGAGCUUCCAGUGGGGCUUAGCAAAUAUGUCUGCAUUUACUGUGCAAUUCAACUGUCCAAGGUAUUUCAAGAUCUGUAGUGAGAAAAU